AAACAAGAAAUCAGGAAAGGAAAUUCCGAGUGGUGGAAUAAUCAUCAAGUAAACACAUACUGAACAAACUAGAUAUCUACAUUGUAGGCUACGCCAUGAGUUUCUCUAAUCGCGGAAAUGAUGGAUUUUCUGUAACAACUGAGAGAGAUGGGUCAAGAUCUUUCCGAGGUGACCAUGACCAGAGAUGGGACAACAACAACUCACAACGAGGGUAUCGAGGUGGCAGCAAUUAUCGUGGAAACAGAGGAAACCGUGGGAAUAGACGUGGUGGAUCGGGAUUCCGACAUUUCAAUGCUACCUCCUCAAAGUUCAGAUACAAUCGUCAUGAAGCCGAUGGUGAUGGGGACGUUUCCAUGUCUGGCGAUUCCAGGGGAGGAAGGAGUCGUGGCAGAUAUAACUCGUACAACAGUCGGUCAAGAAGCAACAACAGGCGAGGGGGCUCCAGCUACCGUGGUGGUCAGGCAGGAGGGAGUGGAACAGUCAAAAGAAACAAUGAGCAAUGGCACAAGGUCAUGGUCCCUUUUGGGGCCAACAUGUCGAAAGAGGAGUUGUAUACCCUUGUAAUCCAGAAUAUCGAAGGGAAAUUUGAGCCAAUUCAGUACUCAGCAGAUGAAAAGUCAAAAAGAGUGUACUUUUUCAUCGAAGGGUCUGCUCCAGCAGAAGCAUUGCGAAGCAUCAGUCGCAGACUCAACAAACCUGAUGGACAUAAACUCAUCUUCCAUAUUCAACCGUCAGGUGCCCCUGCAGGCACCCUUGAUAGUACCAGCCUUGAAAAGUUGAAGUUGCGAAUGAGUGACCGCUAUGACCCCUCCACACAACUGCUGAACCUGAGCUCCAUGUAUGCUGACGAGGUUCUCAGCAAAGACAACAUUUUUGUCCCACUGAAUCGUGCUGCCACAAUGACUGCUGUAACAAAGAUCAUUGCUGAAUACAUUCCUGAGUUGACAGGUCUGGAUAUCAGUAACAACAAGUUGCUUUCUCUUGGUCACAUGGGUGAUCUGGUGAAGGCUGCCCCAGCCCUGACCUCGCUGAAUCUUGGCAAAAAUCAGAUUAGGUCAAUUGAUGAGUUAGAAAAACUGAAGGGAUGGUCAAAUAUCACAGAGUUAAUGAUUGAUGGCAACGACCUUUGCAACAACUAUAGCAAUCAGAACGUCUAUGUGAGCGCUGUUCGCAAGAUAUUUCCCAAAGUUAUGACUCUGGAUGGGAAUGUUCUACCUCCCCCAAUCACAUUUGACCUGGAAACAGAUCUCAAAUUGCCUCCGUCACUGGGUAGCUACUUUGUUAAUGAUGAAAUCAAGAAAACUCUGGUGACCUUCAUCAAAGAAUAUUACACCAUUUAUGACUCAGACAAGAGAAGGGACUUGAUUCCAGCAUAUCACGAAAAUGCCCAGUUGUCUAUAUGUACCUCCAAGAAUCCUUUGAUGGAGAGGCAAGUUGGCUUCAACUUUUAUCUUGAUGACAGCAGGAAUCUAAAGAGGAUAGGGCACUUGGAUUCAGAGAAACUUGUGAAAAAGACCAAGAUUGGAGUCCUGGGUAUUGCUUCCUUGCUGGAGUCACUGCCAAAGACUACCCACGAUAUUCUCUCUUUUAAAGUGGAUCUUACUUUGGCCUUGCCAUCAAUGUUGUGCUUCGUUUUGCAAGGACUGUUCAAAGAAAAUGAAUCACGUGGAGACAAAGCGAUUGUCAGGGCCUUCAGCAGAUCUUUCAUCACUGUGCCUUGCGGUGAAGGGAUGGUGAUCACGAAUGACAUGCUGAUGAUCUCCAACGCCACUAUGGAACAGACAAGAAAUGCCUUCAAAGAUGCCCAAAAGCCGUCCUCAAACGUGUCUUCCAGCAGCCAGUCACAAGUUUCCUCCCCUGUAGCAGCCAAUGUGGCAGGCACGUCGGCGACUGCUGCCACCACCUACAGCCCUGAGCAACUGAAGAUGGUGGAAAGCUUCAGCGCCCAGUCUGGGAUGAAUUCACACUUUUCUCUUCAGUGUUUACAGGAGAAUGGCUGGGACUACCAACGUGCAGGGACAAUAUUCUCACAACUACAGACAGAGGGCAAGAUUCCUCCAGAAGCAUUUGUCAAGUAAUGCUGAGAGCUACAGCGUUUCCAUGACUGGUCCAUGUUGAUGCAAAAUACAUUAUAUUGCUUAGAUUACCAAUGUUAAAAUGUCAUAUAUUGUUGAAUCCAUGAUGGUUUUAUUCUGUUCUGUUGUAAGAACUCCCUUCUCCUCUUCUUGAUGAAGGAUGCUGUUGGUUGAAUUUGAAAUGUUUUUUGGCAGACAGUUUAUGAUGUGCAUGUUUAUGUCUCGUAUUCAUGAUGAUUGUGUGACGGCGAAAGUUCUGUUUUCAUUUCAUUUUUGCAAAACACAUUGAACUCUUUAUUGUCAUUUCUGUCAGCUGGCCCGAGGAUUUUUACGUACCGAUUUGGAAAAAAAAAUUGUUAAUGCUUAAGAUUUUUAUUCACUGGAAAUGUUUGUGUUGCUUAUCUUUUAUAAACUGACCUUAUGACCUAAUGUAGUUCUUUACAAUAGUAUUUGGAAAUCUUUUAAAUCAAAAAUAAAUCACAGUACCCUUUACUUUCAAAUGCAGCUCCACAAAUUCAACAAUUUUCAUGGGAUAUUUUUUUCUGUAUUUAGAGUGCUGCAAGGACACCAGAGAAUCUAAAUGUGUCUAUUCAAUUGUGCUCCAUGUGGAAUGGACUAUGUCCAUCAAAUUUGAAUUUUAGAUUUGAAAAUGUCACCCAAGAGUUUUUGACUUAAAAAGAGAAUUUUAUUUCUUGUAUGAUUCAAAAUUCAUUUCUAUUUUUCUGUUGAUGAUGAUUUCUACCAAUAAUGAGGGAAAUCAAAUUUCAGAAUUCUUGAUUUGUAAAAACAUCUUGAUUGUUCAGAAAUACAUCUCUCCAUUUCUCUGCAGAUUAUGUAAAUAAGAUGUUUGUUUCAUUCAGUGAGGUGUUAUCCUGAAACACAAGGAAACGUAGUGUGUAACCUCUCCUUAUGACAUGUGUGUAAACGGUCAUCACUAUGAAAGCAGUCCUAUAUUCAUUUUGAAGCAAUAAGCUUUGCCGUAUUUUGAUCUGUGGAGAUAAUACUUUACUCACAUCAUCACAAUGUUUGCAAUAUUUUUUUUGCGACUUCUGAAUCUCCUCAUGGCACCCCCGAGGUGUUGAAUUUCAGAACAGUUCCAUUCCCAUUAAUUAAAAUUAGUAGAACUCUGUAGCACAAAAAGUUUCCCGACUUGUGAUUCUUGUUUAACUGUUAGUGCUGACCUGAACACCAUCCGUGGGGCAUUUUCUCGUUACAGAAUGGAGUACGAGAAGAACAAGCUAAGCUGCAAAAUUUUUUUACUUUAUGAUCCCUACACGUUCAGUAACAGUUGCAAUGAUCCUGAAUGUGUCCUUCCACCUAAAAAGUCAUCUUGAUACCGUCUUUGAAACUUGUGCAUAUUUUGUUUUUAAUUAAAAAUCAAUAAGUAAGAUCAGUGAAUAAAGCUUCAGCCCAGUAAACCUCUGACUCUAAAUUUAGAGUACAACCCACCUGUCUCCUCCUCCCCCCCGUAAUUUUCAUGGUGCUAUACACUUUCUGUCAGGUUCCAGAAGUAGCUUUAUUUGAUUGCACAGUUUGUGAUACGGUCAAAGCAAGUGGAGGAGAAGGAGCAGAAUUUGAUUUCAGUCGUUUGAAAGUUGAACAGUAGCAGGAGGAAAUAAUAUGAAGCUUUAUUUGUUAUAAUGUAAUAUACCUGUCCAAAUUUCAAGUUCAAUGCAUUAUGAAUACUUCAAAUUGAUUUGUAAGUAUGUGUUGGAAGCAUUGCCGAUGUUCUUAUUAAUCGUUUACAUUUUCCACUUUGUUUUUGUUCAAUUGAGCGAAAAUAAAACUUGAAUGAAUUAA